UUGGUUUCAACGGAAGCUCCAGACGCUCUGCGGCUAAAGGCUAACCAUGGUAACGUCAGCUGGGCUGAAACGUCACAGUUUAUAUUCUGACGUUUUCAGCUUCGGCGUGUAUUGACGUCAUCGUCGCUGGGAGCUCGUGCUGUGACCUGAUCUCUGAGGAGCUAACUGAGGCUAAGAUCUAGCAGCGGGAUUAGCCGGAGGCUGCGGCGUCAGCAGUCUGAGCAGGAGCUUCUUAGCCGCUCGGCCAGCGGAGCUCAGUCCGGGAUGAGGCGCUGCAGCCGGCGGGGACGACAGCAGGAAGGCGGCCAAGCUGAUGGAGGUGUGAGGUUAUGACGGGGUCAGACUGUGUCCUGAGACGGUCCAAUCUGGACCGAGUUGCACUGGUCCUUGGAGCGCCGACGCCAUGUCGGACACGUCUGAUCCGGCUGUCGUAGAGGGACGGGCUCCUCGCUGUCCCCCUCGGCCCCCCCUGGCAGAGAAGGCGCUGUCCGAGGCCUUCGGGCGGCUGCGGUAUCGUGACACGUCACUGCUCAUCUGGCAGCAGCAGCAGCUUGAAGCAGCACCGCCCUCCACCUACCUGAGCCGCAGCCAAUCGGCCUGGUACAGUAACUAUGGCAACCAGGCAGUGCUGGUCCGAGACAGGAGGGGUGCGGACGAGGGGCGGUCCCGGAUCUGCAGCAUCAUGUAGACGCAAACGGGAGAAGUUUAGUUUGGGCGCUAAAAAACAGGGUUUUUUUAAUUUAGAGAUCUGUCCAAACAGAGAAAAGCAUUAAGAUCCACGCCCCCGUCCCUCCCCUCCCUCACCCACAGACUGCAGACAGGAAAAAAACAAACAGUAUUAAUCGUCAGCUUAGCGAGCUCCAGCGUCAGCUCUGAUGAUCAGUUUAAUGGACUUCCUGCCCCACAGGGGGUGCCCUGUGUCAGUAUCCUUAACCCUAGUGUCCUCCAUUUUGAUUUGGGGAAUGAAGCCAGCAGCACCACACUGAAACCAUCACCUUCAUCCAGCAUGCCACCAAAUGACAUUGUCCUGUUUGAAACCCUUAAGUGACCAAUCAGCACGCAGUUACAGCACAGUGGUGCUUUCUGGGUAAAAUCAUUGUCACUGAGAGAAAUUGAAGGUAACGAGUAUUCAGACGUGUUACUGAUUUAUGGAAACGACGAAUAAAAUGUUAUCUUGUUUUA